AUGCUUCGACUCUCAAAGCUCCCGUGGGGCCUCACGGCACUGUUUCUCGCGUCAUGGCUCCCCGCAACCCACGUAGCAGGGUCUCCAUCUGUUGAUGUUUCGCUCAAGGCAGCGUUCCCUUCGGCCCCGUAUCUUGUUGAGCUACUAGAAACAGCAGCCAUCGAGAAUUCCACGGCAUACUUCGCGCUGCUCGACCGGAUCGCGAAAGGCGACUUUGCUGAAGCCGAGACAGAUAAGGCAUUAUACGAGAAGUUUAUCGAAAUUCUUCGAAAUGACGGACACAUGGAUGGGGAGGCCCUGUCGACGUUCAAGUUAGCCCUCUCGAUGCGGACGGCAGCGCCCCGUAUCGAAGCGCAUUACCAAUAUUACACGACCGCGGUUGAGCCGACGUUGCCGGGCACACAAGAUGGAUGUGACAUAUGGUUUCUUGUGGACGGGAAACAACUCUGCAGUGCCGUACUGGAUGCGGUCCAUGGAGAGGUCAAAGAGGACCCCCAAUCUCGGACGCUACCGUUCGAUCGGAAAACCGGCAGUGGUCCCCGUGAUGUCAUCCUCUAUGCGGACAUUACGGCACCAAAUUUUGGCAUUUUUCACCAGGUUGCGGCGGAAAUGGCCCGGAAUAGCGAGGGUUUGUACCGGAUCAGGUACAAGCGGAGCGCGACUCACUCAAGUCAGCCUCUGUCCGUCAAAGGCUACGGAGUUGAGCUCGCCCUAAAGCGUACCGAUUACAUCGUUAUUGAUGACCGGGAUACGAGCGACACUCAGGCACCGGUUGAUAAGGCCCAGAAACCGAUCCGGUCGACUGAGGCCGUGCUGACGGAAGAGGAGAUCACAGACAUCACGCCCCUGGAGAAAUCAGAGCUUGCAUCUCUGGGUAUGAAGGCGGCGUCGUUCAUCCUACACAGCGAGUCCCCGUUCGACACGCUCAUCAAGCUCACUCAGGACUUUCCCAAGUACUCGACCUCGCUCGCUACGCAAAACGUUUCGGCAGAAUUUCAGACAGAACAUGAGGGGAACCGUAAGGUGCUGAUUCCGGAGGGCGCUAACUUGCUAUGGAUGAACGGCCUCCAGCUGAUAGAACGGCAAAUCCAACCAUUCGGCCUGGUGGAUCUUCUCAAGCGCGAGCGCAAACUGAUCAACGGUGUGCUUGAUCUCGGCCUCAGCGGUCAGCAGGCUAUCUCAUUGCUGGGACACCCCGAGAUUGCCGACGCAAAGUCUGGUGGCGAUGAGCCGCGCCGGUUCGAUUGGCGUGAUGAGAUCGAAGAUGGCCGGGUGAUUGUCUGGAUCAACAACAUCGAGAAGGACAAGCGCUAUCAGGAGUUCUCGCCGAGUAUUUGGUCGCUGAUUCAACACUUUGGUCAUGGACUGCCCCAGAUCCGGAAGGAUCUUUUUAACCUGGUCGUGCCCGUCGACUUCACGAAGCUAGAGGAUAUCGAACUGGUCACAUCGCAUCUCACCGGUUUUGUGAAGAGGCUUAUUCCCAUCCGGUUUGGUCUUGUUCCGCUCACUCCCACCGGAGAGUCCAUCGAGCAAGCUAAGGUCGUGUACUACCUGAUUGAAACCCAUGGACUUUCCGCGGCCAUCGCUUAUCUCGAAAAGUCGGCGGAGGCGAAGAAGACGGCCAAACCCGAUGAAGGGAUAUUCAACGAAGUCGUCAAAGACCGGGCACUGCGCACUGAGUCCGUUCCUCUGGCCUUCAAGGACAUCUUCACCUCCGAGGAGCAUGAGAAACAAAUACACCUCUCCAAGCACUGGAUAGAACGUCUCCGUGCUGAUGGCGACGUCCCGUCCGUCUUCUUCGACGGCUUUGCGAUCCCCCGCGACGAAAACUGGCUGAAAGUCAUGAAUCAGAAGCUGAUGGGCGACCUUCAGGCUCUGCAGCAUGCCGCGUACUUUGGCCAGAUUAACGAUGAUACUUGGGUGCCAAGCAAGUUCUUGGAAAACUCGAUUGCGAGACGCAACACGUUAAUCUUUCCCGAAGACUCGAAGGACCUCAGGAUACUCGACGUGAAUAAGGUGUACACGGAGCACCGCGAUGCCCUCAGCAAGAUCCCAGUGGUCGAGGCCGAUGAGCAGUCCACCAAGGAGGACUGGGCUGCUCUGACCGUUGUUGCUGACUUGGACCGUGUCGAAGGCCAGAAGUUGCUUUUCUUCGCUCUUCGCUUCCGCCAGGAGAAUUCGGGCGUGCGCAUUGAUAUUGUGCAUAACCCCAAGGACCUCACUGCCUCGCCUUCCCAGCUUACUCAAGUCAUCAAAGCGAAAGAGAAUGACCUCGUCAGUGUCAACAGGCUCCUCGAUUUGGAGACUAUUCUUGAAGGCAAGGGGGCGGAUAUUGAUCGUGCCUAUGACCUUGCUCUGUUCCAGUUCCUCGCCAGCGCCAAUCUCAACGCGGGUGACAAUGCUGUCAUCCUCAACGGCCGCGUGAUCAGCCCCAUUGUAUCUGCUGAGGACUUCAAAAAGGAGGACUUUGAGCAGCUGCUCGACGCUGAACGUGCGAGCCGAAUUCUCCCAGUUUACAAAGCCGCUGAGGACUUGGGUCUAGGCGACAAGAUUUCAGGCCCCCUUGAUGCGGCCAAGCUGACCUCCGUAACGGCACUCUCUGGCAUCUCGGACCUACCGCAAGGUAUCUUUGAUUCAGCAUCUUCUUUCCGGACGGCUGCCUUCCAGGAGCUUAACUCGACCCACACCUCGUUCGAAACCGGUGACCCUUCCACGGCGACCAUCUUCUUCGUUGCGUCCAUCAAUCCCGCCAGCGAGGUCGGCCAGAAAUGGGCCCCGGUGUUGAAAGUCCUCUCCGAGCUCGAGGGCGUCCACGUCAAAGUCUUCCUCAACCCGACUGACGGUCUGAGCGAGCUUCCCGUCAAGCGAUUCUACCGCUACGUUCUCGAGUCAUCUCCUAGCUUCGAUGAGAGCGGCAAAGUCAAAGACCUCUCGGCCAACUUUGCCGGUGUCCCUCAAGAUACCCUGCUUGUUGCGGGCAUGGAUGUCCCGCCUGCCUGGCUCGUCACGUCCAAGGUCUCGGUCGACGACCUGGACAAUCUCCGCAUCAAAGACAUCAAGGCCAGGCGAGGAACCGAAAACAUCGAGGCCAUCUACGAGCUCGAAAACAUUCUAAUCGAAGGCCACUCACGCGAACUCCCAGCCGGCCAGCCGCCCCGCGGCGUGCAGCUCGUUUUGGGCACUGAAAACGACUCUCACUUUGCCGACACCAUCAUCAUGUCCAACCUCGGCUUCUUCCAGUUCAAGGCCAAUCCCGGUGUCUACAGCCUGCGGCUCAAGGAAGGUCGCAGCUCUGACAUCUUUGCCAUGGAAAGUGUUGGGGCAUUGGGUUGGAAACCAUCACCUGGUGACGACACCGCCGAGAUCGCACUCAUGGAUUUCCAAGGCACAACGCUAUACCCACGUCUGAAGCGGAACCCGGGUAUGGAAACCGAAGACGUGCUCGAGGGGUCGCAAGCUGGCUCCUCGGCUGGCAAUGGGGCCAUGGAAUUUGUCUCCAAGGGCAUCCGGUUUGCCGAGGGCCUUCUCGGGCGCGCGAAGCCGGCAGCCCCAGACGCCAAAGCACUCUCCGCCCAGCAACACGCCGAGAUCAACAUCUUCUCAGUCGCCAGCGGCCACCUUUACGAGCGCAUGCUCAACAUCAUGAUGGUCUCCGUCAUGCGGCACACCAACCACACCGUCAAGUUCUGGUUCAUCGAGCAGUUCCUCUCCCCCUCCUUCAAAGACUUCAUCCCCCACCUCGCCGCGCACUACGGCUUCUCCUACGAAAUGGUCACCUACAAAUGGCCGCACUGGCUCCGCCAACAAAAAGAAAAACAACGUGAAAUCUGGGGCUACAAGAUCCUCUUCCUCGACGUGCUCUUCCCCCUCUCCCUCGACAAAGUCAUCUUCGUCGACGCCGACCAAAUCGUCCGCACAGACAUGUACGACCUCGUCAACCUAGACCUCGACGGCGCCCCCUACGGCUUCACGCCCAUGUGCGAUUCCCGCACCGAAAUGGAAGGCUUCCGCUUCUGGAAGACGGGAUACUGGGCCAACUACCUCCGCGACAAGCCCUACCACAUCAGCGCGCUGUACGUUGUCGACCUGCACCGUUUCCGCGAGCUGGCUGCUGGCGACCGCCUCCGCCAACAGUACCACUCGCUCUCGGCCGACCCCAACUCGCUCGCGAACUUGGACCAGGACCUGCCGAAUCACAUGCAGUUCCAAAUCCCCAUCCACAGCCUGCCGCAGGAGUGGUUGUGGUGUGAGACGUGGUGUAGCGAUGAGACGCUGCGGGAGGCGCGCACCAUUGAUCUGUGUAAUAACCCGCAGACGAAGGAACCGAAGCUGGACCGGGCACGGCGCCAAGUGCCGGAGUGGACGGAGUAUGAUGAGGAGAUUGCGAAGUUGGCGAGGGAGAGGGCGGCGGGGAAGCGGCCUGGGGAUGUGACGGUUCUUGAGGGGGAGCAAGAGAGCAGCGAGCGGAACCCGAAGAGUAGGCGGUUUGAGGAAGAGGAGGUGAAGACCGCGGGUGGUAAGGAUGAGCUAUAA